AUGAACUUCGCAUCUCGCCACGUCUACCCUCCCCAGCCAUUCUACAGCUUACGGAUGUUUUCGCGAUGGACCAUUUUCCUCGUUUUCGCGGCAAUUGCGACCAUCGGCAUCCUUUCCCAGACCUAUACCUCAAACACAUUCCGGCGAUCAUCUAAAGUCACGGCCAGAUAUCUGAGUCCGAACGAGUUGAUGAAGAGACCUAUCACGGAGAGCCUGCAAACUAUUCCAAAACUGUUCCACCAGAGCUGGUCUUCGACAGACUUACCCGCGAAAUUCGAGGGGUGGAGCGCGACUUGCCGAAACCAACAUUCAGACUGGGAGUGGGUGCUAUGGACAGACGAAGAUAAUGAAGAGCUCGUCAGAAGACAUUUUCCAUGGCUGUUGAAGACAUAUCAAGAUCUUCCCGGAACGAUAUAUCGAGCAGAUCUGGUGCGGAAUUUGUACAUGUACAUGUUCGGGGGUGUCUACGCCGACUUGGAUGUCGAAUGCCUCCGCCCUGUCGAUCAGUUAUUCGACACAUAUAACGUCUCAACUGUACCACACCUUAAUCCAAGACCGCAUUCGAGUGGUAGUCUGCACACAAGUGGCCGCAAGGCUUUCUUCGGAAGAAUGGGCACGGACCCAGGAUUCUCCAAUUCGAUCCCGAACGCAUGGAUGGCGUCCACUCCAGGUCACCCUUUCUUCCUGCUUGUAUCACAGUCAGUCCAGGAUUCCAUGAUGUCUGGAUCGAGGAAUGGACCAGAGGAUCUCACCGGCCCAGCUCGGUUGUACAAGACGCUGAAGGAGUACUUCACGACCGAGAAAUACAAGGGAGAGAAGCUGGACAGUCAUGUUGCCAGUAAUCCAACAGCUACACAGUUUACGCCACGUAAAGGCCUCGAUCACUCCAUCGAGGUGCUUCCAUUCAAUUACAUCUUCCCAUACUCUUGGGAGCGCGACGGCGAAGCGGUCCGUGAGAUCUGCUGGGCCACCAAAGAUACUUUUAGUGCAGAGAGAUGCAAAUUGCUUCUGGCCACCGACCACUGGCCCAGCUAUGCCAUUACAUAUUGGAGUCACACUUGGACAGGUGAAGGGCAUGACGAGGGCAAUCUGAAUGCAAUUAGCAUUCCAGAAGGGACGAAGGAGGGAGAAGGAUCGUGA